CACCCACCGCCCACCAUGCAGUCCGAGUACGACCUCCUGUUCAAGCUCCUCCUCAUCGGCGACUCGGGCGUCGGCAAGUCGUGCCUCCUCCUCCGCUUCGCAGACGACACCUACACCGAGUCGUACAUCUCGACCAUUGGCGUCGACUUCAAGAUCCGCACCAUCGAGCUCGAGGGCAAGACGGUAAAGCUCCAGAUUUGGGACACGGCCGGCCAGGAGCGCUUCCGCACCAUCACGUCGUCGUACUACCGCGGCGCGCACGGCAUCAUUGUCGUGUACGACGUGACGGAUCAGGACACGUUCGCCAACGUCAAGCAGUGGCUCCAGGAGAUUGACCGCUACGCGUGCGAGGGCGUCAACAAGCUCCUCGUCGGCAACAAGUCGGACCUGACGACCAAGAAGGUCGUCGAGUACUCGGUCGCGAAAGAGUUUGCCGACCAGAUCGGCGUCUCGCUCCUCGAGACGUCGGCCAAGAACGCCACCAACGUCGAGCAGGCCUUCCUCACCAUGGCAAAGCAGAUCAAGGACCGCACGGCAGCAAGCGCGCCCGCGGCCGGUGGACCGGGCAAGGCGCCCGUCAAGCUCUCGGGCGGCGCUGCCGUCAACCAGCAGCAGCAGGGCGGCUGCUGCUGAGCCAUCGGCGCGCCUCGUCAGCCUCGACCGGACCCUCUCGACGGACUCUUUCGCCACCCUCUCUCGCCCUUCUUGACGGCCUGCGUCCCCUCUCUCCCCUCAUACCCCAUCUGAGCUAGCUACCUCUCCGUUGUCGCCUCGUUCCUUUGCCCCUCCUUCCCUCAGACCCCCUCUGUACCCACUUGUUUUCCUGCCGACGAGCGAGGCUUUGUCGAG